AAUGGUCAGAUAGAUCCUGAAAGAACUUAAAAACCUAACACCAAGAGAGUCCGUUUUAUCAUCAAUAAGAUUCUCUGUCUCUCCGAUCCUCGUCGCUCUGAAGAAGAAUCUCUGAGACCACUAACUCCAAUGGCGGAAUCUGCAGCUGCUCAAACUCAAUCGCUCUCUGAGCAAUAUCAUUUGGAGAAAGAAGUGAAGCAAGACACAAGUGCUAAGCCUGUCGAGGUUGCUCUAGAGGUUACUACUCAAGCUGAAGAGGUCAGCACCGACAAAGCCGGUGAAGAAUCUCCUGCUGUUGAGGUUGAGGACAAGUCAGAGUCUCCUCCUGCUGUUGAGGACAAGUCUGAGUCUCCUCCUGCUUCUGAAGAGGCUCCUGCUGUGACAGCGGAAGACAAUGCUGAUGAGGCUCCUGCUGCGGUUGAGGAAAGUAAUGACGCUAGUGAAGAAGUUGCUGAGGAGACUCCUGAUGAGAUCAAGCUUGAGACAGCUCCUGCUGAUUUCCGUUUCCCGACAACAAACCAAACAAGGCAUUGUUUCACUCGUUACAUUGAAUAUCACAGAUGUGUAGCUGCUAAGGGUGACGACGCUCCAGAAUGUGAUAAGUUUUCAAAGUUUUAUCGAUCCCUUUGCCCCGGCGAAUGGGUUGAUAAGUGGAACGAGCAAAGAGAGAAUGGAACUUUCCCUGGUCCUCUCUAAAGAUACUCCUGCCUCAAGAAGAAUCCUCUUUUGAUGUUACCUUGAUAAUGUCGCUCCAAUUACACUGCAGAGUUCAAUAAGAUUUUACUGAACCAGCACUUCUGGUUCUUCAUCAUAAGAUGUGAGAAUUUAACAACUAUAAUCUCAAAUUUUCUUUUCUUUUAUCUAUAUGCUCAAUUCAAGUUUUGAGGAUCUUCUGAUUCUGAUAUGUUAUUCUGAGUUAUUCUA